AUGAGAAGAAACUUCACCUCGGUGGCUGAAUUCAUUCUCCUGGGACUGAUGGAAUUGCAGGUCCUCUUCUUUGUGCUGUUUCUGGGCAUUUACAUGGUCACAGUGGCAGGGAAUCUUGGCAUGAUUGUCCUCAUCCGGGUCAAUGUCCGCCUCCACACACCCAUGUACUUUUUCCUCAGCCACUUAUCCUUUGUGGACCUGUGCUUCUCUUCCAACGUGACCCCCAAGAUGCUGGGGAUCUUCUUAGCAGAGAGGAAAACCAUUUCCUAUCCUGCUUGUCUGGUGCAGUGCUACUUUUUUAUUGCCUUGGUCCACGUGGAGAUCUACAUCCUGGCUGUGAUGGCCUUUGAUCGGUACAUGGCCAUCUGCAACCCUCUGCUUUAUGGCAGCAGGAUGUCCAAGGGUGUGUGCACGUCCCUCGUCAUGGUGCCUUAUGUGUAUGGAGCACUGACUGGCCUGAUGGAGACCAUGUGGACCUAUAGCCUAGUCUUCUGUGGCCCCAAUGAAAUUAACCACUUCUAUUGUGCUGACCCACCGCUGAUUAAGCUGGCUUGUUCAGACACCUACAACAAAGAGUUGUCAAUGUUUGUGGUGGCUGGUUUUAAUUUCACCUAUUCUCUCCUUAUCAUCCUCAUUUCCUACAUCUACAUAUUUCCUGCUAUCCUGAGGGUCCGUUCCACAGAAGGAAGGCGCAAAGCUCUCUCUACCUGUGGCUCUCAUCUGACAUCUGUCAUUGUAUUUUAUGCAACUCUUUUCCUCAUGUAUCUUAGACCCCCUUCAAAGGACUUUGUGGAACAGGGGAAAAUGGUUGCUGUAUUUUAUUCUACAGUAAUUCCCAUGUGGAACCCCAUGAUUUAUAGCCUUAGAAACAAAGAUGUGAAGGAAGCAUUAACCAAAGAGCUGUUAAGGAAAAAAAAAAUUUUCUUAAAAUAUAUCACUGUUAUUUUGGUCCCUAAUUGUUUUCUAGAUUUUUUCCCAUAA